UCAGACAGCAAUGGCCUCGUCCGCAAGCUGUCGAGGACGGCCCUCAGGCUUGCCCAAGGUCACCGCGAGAGGCACCAGGACCGCGCCCCCAUCACUCACGAACAGAUCCCGGAAAUGGCUGAGCUGAGCAGUCCGCGCGCGCACCGCGACCGCAACCACCACAGGCACACCAUUGAGGGACCGCUGGGCGUUGGGCGGGCCGGCGAGACGGAUCAUACAAGAUCUGCUAGGCGGGCGACGACUGGCGACAUUCUCCUUCCCUUUGAGUCUGGUACCUCUUCACCGUAUCAUCUUGAUGAUCCCGAAGCGGCGGAUCACAAUCCUUAUGAGCACCGCGUGGACUGGACUCAAAGCGAUGAAGCGCAGCCGCAGCCAAAGACCAAGUCGUCACUGCGCAAGGCGGAUUCGAUAUGGGCUCUGAAGCAUAAGCUCGGGGCCCUUGCUAGACACGGGCGGGAAGAAAACCACUCCCGGGACAACAGCCCACCGUCUGACACCGCCUUGAGGUCGCCCAAGAGCGGAUUCUUUGCGCGAUUCAAAGUCAACCACUGA